GAUUCUUAUUAGAGUCCUCAGUCCUCAUAUGUAUAUGAAUUGUUGGACUGUUUAGAUACCUAUUUAAUUAGGCUUGGUUCCUAAUUAACCACAUCAUCCCGAACGCUAACAACAAGAAGCAAGUUUUCUUGUUAUUUUCCCUUUUUUUCGACCUCUACCCGACUCCGUGCCCGCGGCCGAAGAGAACGGUGUAAACAAGAAUCCGGGUUACCCGUCUAUUCCGUCCGCCCUACGUGUUGUGCCGUAAACUGUCUGCAUUCGCAUUGAUCCUUGGAUCUACCGGUAAAAAAAAAAAGAAAAAAAGUAGAAAUGUCCGAAGACGUAUCCAAAUUCCUACUCCAGGUUAAGGAACUGGGUGAUCGACGUAUUGAAGAAGACGAAGCCCGUUCACGAGAGCUUGAAGAGAGAAUAUUACGAGAAAGAAAAGAAAGAGAAGCUCGGCGCGCAGAGCGUGCCAGGUCUAUUUCGCCUCAAAAAUCCUCGCCGGUAAAUACCCCACCGUCCACCGCCCGCCUCGUCGACAUUCCUGCCUCACCUGGCCGAUUAAACCUAGACGCAUCUCCUAUCCUGGAGCCUCCUGCUGGUACUCAAUCCUUUCCUUCUCCCAACGCUGAGGAAAUGGUUAGCCCAGGAGCAUUUUCCGGCUCCCCCACGAAAGAGAACGAGUUUCCAAUCGACUUGGAAGGGAAACAGCGUCCACAAACAUCUCCUACUCGAGCUAGGGGGCUUUCGUGGCAGAGACGGCCGAAUUCACAAGCCUCCGAACGUUCACGAAGUCGGCCACUAUCCGUAGUUGCUGCUGAGAACGCGGCACGGAAUACCCCCCCUGAACCUCCUUCGGCGACCGAGACUAUACCUAGAGACCAAAUUACUUCAGCAUUGUCCUCUAAAGAUCCCUCAUGGUUCCGUCAAACUGCGGACAGGGGUACUACUUCCGCCGCAUAUAGGAAGAAUCAGGUUGAGGAUAGCCCAACGGCUGAUAUUUCUCUAAUGCCGGCUCAGCUCCCGGGAAUGUCGCGUGCACCGUCCAGCGAAAUUGCAAAAGAGGAUACAGAUUCACAGCCGGUCUCCCCUGACUCAGAAAGUAGACUAGGUUCGCCUUUGCCUCUAUCAGUCGCUCAGAAACUGGAUCCCCCUAGCAGCGAUGCUCAGCUGGAGACGGAGGUUGGCCAAGAACAAUCUCCAAUCAUGUCUCCUUCCUCGGGACGAACUUCGCCAUCUAAACCAGACAGGUCAAGCUCACCAACGAAGGGAAUGGGCGGAUUUGUACAGAGCGCCAUGAUGAAGCGAUCGGACAGCAUCAAGAGAUGGAGCGUCCAAUCGCCUACUAGUACGCCUCGAGUAGACCCGGUUGUCUCGCAUAGAACGGGUGGUGGGCCUAGGUCAAGACCUGCCAGUAUGAUCCGUGACCCCUCUGUGGAAACUUCGCCGAAGCCUUCGCCUAGUCAAGAGGGAGAGCGUCAAGAAGAGGAUUUGGCUGUCGCCGAGAAAUCUGCCGAACCGCUCAAAGUUGAAAUCAAACCCUUGCUGAAUUCACCGGAGCAAGAGUUAGGUCGAGCUCUACCUACCACCCCCUCUAAGACUAUGGAUUCUAGGAGAUGGAGCCCUACAAAGUCUAGCUGGCUUGAAUCGGCUCUGAACAAACCCGAAUCUCCCAAGCGGGGGCAUAGCCCUUCGAAAAGUCAGCCGUCUUGGAUGGCGGAUCUUCAGAAAGCAAAAGCCGAGAAGGCUGCCACUUCCAGUACUGAGAGAAGCAGGUCACCGACUAUUUCGCAUAAGCAUCAAGUCAGUAUUGGUGGACUUAUGAGGUCUUCUGCGCCUGGCACUACUACGAAGCCGCCGGUUGGUCUGGGUGUUCUUAAUAUAGGUACCGCCGCUCGCCCCGAUGAUAGCGGCACCCCGAAAGAUCUUCAAAGCCCUAUAACCCCGGGCGUUAAGAGCCCGGACUUGGAUCGCAACCCGACGAAACUACCUUUGCCCGCCAGCAAACCAAAAUCUGAGAUGCCUCCCAAGAUGGAUUUCCGAGCGAAUUUGAAACCCAGACAAGUCCCAACUACUUCUACUGAUAACCAAGAAAGCGAGUUUAAGAAUGUUUUUACUAAACUUCGAAAGACGACAACGCAGAACUAUGUUCCCCCAGAUGAGCUUAAGGGUAAUAUUCUAAAAGGAAAAGCAUCCCUUAAUUUUACCGGUGGCCCGCAAAAGGCAGAACGUGUUGACGACUUCAAGGAGGCCAUUUUGACGAAGAAAAAAGAUUUCCAGACGGUACAAUCAGAGGGCCGUGGUGUGACGCGGAAUGAUAGCACGGCAAGUGAUACGCCAGUUCCCGAGGGCAUAGCCAGGCGAAACACACUUUUGAGAUCGAAUACGCUUGGCCAAGACUCCGCUGCUGCUGUUAGUGCGGCAAUUGCCGAUUUUCAAAAGCCAGGUAUAGUACCAAGGCGUGAUUCUACCCAGGAUGCAUCGUCUAGCAAGCCACAAAGAUUUGGUGGUACAGGGAACCUGGAUCUAACUACGGGUUCCACUUCUAAAAUAGAUCUUCCAAGCAUCCCGAGGCGAGGUUCGGCUCAACCCGUACCGAUCUCUAAGGACACAAAUGUUCCUGGCCGACUACAAGGAAAGCCUUCAGGUGGUGGCUUAGCUGGUCGAUUCAACCCUGCUCUUGCCAGCCUAAUUGCUAGGGGGCCGUCUAGCAUAGCUCCCACAUCUCCCUCUGGCACGUCGACGUCGAACUCACGCGACGCUUCUUCUGAAGUCAAUGGUAACGAAGCCGGCUCGGGGCCAAAGUUGACACACAUGACUAAGGGUCGCGCUCGAGGGCCGAAGAGAAACGCGCCGACCUCAACACCAGCCACGACCUCUCACGAACCUGAGGAAACCCCAUCUAACCAUACGCCAGCUGGACGUUCCGUAUCGCCAGAGAAGCCUCUCGAUUCCGCGUCAAAGCCUCAUGCAAACAGUGUGGGCAAAAAUGAAUUGGCAAGGCCAAGUCCGCAGCCUAUAUCCCCUAACCUUUUUACAAAUCCGUUCGCCGCGGUGGCGCCAGAAGAAGUCCCCAGUAAGACGCCGGGUACAGACAAAAUUCACGAACAGGUAGCUGUCUUCGCAACUCAGAGGAGGCAACGGUCACCAACAAAGGUAUCCGAUGAGCCAAAAGAAUCCACUUCGCAACCGCCAUCUCCGAAGAAGUUAGAUGUGAGACGAAUGUCACGAUUUCUUGAUGAUACAACCCAAGCUGUUGGGAAAACGGGUGAGCCUCAGGUGGUGAAAGAUGUGAAGGGGGACGAUGAAAUGCCUUCUACGGCCAAGCCAGAACCAGCUUCUGAUAAGCCUCUUAUUCAGGAUCUACCUAAAUCGCAACCCCAGUCGCCGCUGCUAAACAAGCCCAGGAUACCACUGCCAGAUCCGCUCUCUUUAGGUCCGAAGAAGCUACCCUCUAACGAUGCUUUCGGCCCUUCUACUUCCCCAGAAGUUAUAAAGACUCCGCCUUCGAUCGAACGACCCUUGCCCGCUAUCCCAAAACCUAAUGGGCUAGAAAAGGCACUACCCCCUCGUCCACUACCGGCGGCACCUAAACAAACCCCACAGUCUUCACCUAGUCCUAGCUCAAGAACACUACCCGAGACGUCGUCGCCUGUACGGUCGCCCACUAAGCAGUCCUUUGAAGCGUCAACCUUGCUUGGUGAUUUUUUCGGUCCCGAGCGCACUCGCAAAAAUUAUAACGUAGAUGCCGCUGAAUUGCUAAUGCAUCGACUGAAUAUAGCACCGCCUAGAGUUCAGACAUUGAGCGCUCAGCUAUUCCAAUUCUCGGCAGACGGCAAAAAAUUGCCUGUUCCGGCCCAUAACGAGCGAACAUUGUUUGAGCGAGAGAUGUAUAUUUGCUCUCACACGUUCAAGGACGAAUCGGGCAAGAAGCUCACAGAGGUCUACUUCUGGGCGGGAGAUGAUGUGCCCCGCUCUACUGUAGACGAUGCGUUAUUAUUCGUAUCACGAGAAGCACGAGCUCUAGGCGGCAGGCUAAUCAAACUUCAUCAAGGCAAGGAGACUUCCGAGUUUCUACAGGCGCUAGGAGGUAUAGUUAUUACCCAGCGAGGCUCGGGUAAUAAGUUUGAUUCGCUAGCUCCGCAUAUACUAUGCGGACGACGAUACCAAGGACAUAUCGUCUUCGAUGAGGUCGACUUCACUCCUGCAUCUUUAUGUUCCGGAUUCCCGUACGUUGUAUCGACAGCUGGCAAAUGUUACUUGUGGAAGGGUAAGGGUAGUGGAGUGGACGAGCUAAGCUGCGCACGCCUCAUAGGAAUGGAUUACGCACUGUCGGGCGAGAUGGAAGAAAUUGAAGACGGCCACGAGCCAGCAAGUUUCUGGGAUCUUUUCAAUGCCGAGUCCAAGGCUAUGUCUGCCGAUCAUUGGCGCCUCAAGCCGAACUACGAUAAAUACUGCUGCAGGCUGUUCUGCUCAAACGCAGCCUCCAAGCAGCAAAUCGUUGAGGUAUCCCCUUUUUCGCAGGCAGAUCUACGGCCAACGCAUAUCUACGUCCUCGAUGCGUUCUUUGAGCUGUACAUCAUCGUAGGGUCACGGGCCCAGGCACAGUACGCGUCAUUCCAUAACGCAUUGGACUUCGCGCAGGAGUACGGCAUUCUCGCAGCGGGAAUGGAGGAUAGGCCGUUUGUUCCAUUUUCGACCGUGGUGCUAGAGGGUAUCCCUCGAGAUAUGAAGAGCGUAUUCCGCAAGUGGCGCGACGCCGACAGCCCGACAGUUACUAAUGUGAGCACCGGGCUCAAGAGAGGGCGUAGCUUGCGGGUGGUGCCUUUAAACCAGGCGCUGCAGGCGCUGAGCGAUUAGGAGUCGCAUCAGCCUUGAUGGCAUCUGGGGUUUUCGGCAAAUGAGAGUAGGAUGUGGUACCUUUUGGGAGGCGUAGACGUUGGCACCUAGCAUAACAGCAGCC